AUGCUGCGGGGGCUUAUGCUAUGUCAGGUUACAGGGGACACUGGCUUUUUCCAAAAGCUGGCAAGAGAGGCUGAGAGGUGGUGGAUGACUGUGAGUCUACUUGAGGAGAAGAGAAUUGAUUCAUCAGUGAUGACGUGUAGUCAUUUUAAGGAGGUAUUCUUUGAGAGAUACUUCCCGACUUCCGUCCGUGACGAAAUGACAGAUGAAUUCUUGAGUUUGACUCAAGGGACUUCGACAGUGCAGAGUUGUGUAGUUAGAUACAUCGAGUUGUCUCACUUUGCGUCGUGUAUGAUCUUAAACAAGUAUGAAAAAGCUUGGAGGUUCAAGAAGGGCCUGAGGAAGGACAUCCGUAGGCUAGUGGGAAUGUUGCAGAUUCAGGAGUUUCCUGUUCUGGUGGAUAAAGUCGUCGUAGUUGAUGCUGGUCUUCAGGAGGAUGGGGUGGUACAAGAACAUAAGAAGAAGACAGUACCUUCUGGUUCACAGACUGGUUCUAGACAGGGAUAG